UACACCUCUCACAGACCUCAUGGAAGGGGUGACCCCCACCGGGGAAGGAUCUCUGGGUGGAGAUUCCCUCUUGUAGAGUUUCCUCGUGAGCCGAGAUUUUUGGAGAUGGCAAUGGGAGGCACAACGUUCUGAGCGACCUACGCUCUCCCCUUCUGCGCGGGAGCCGCAGCGGAGCGUUCCCACAGCGCUCCGUGCGGGAAGCUUCACUCUGCCUGACCUGCCCGCGAAGCACGUGCGCACCGACGGGCGCGGCGAUACAUGAGAGCGCUCCCCGAGCCGCGGCGCUGCCUUCUCAUGAACCUCACGCACACCCGCGGACGAAUCGCGCUCCCCGCCGUGCUCCGACCGCUCCGACAGCCCGGUACGGAGCGCGCCGUCGGGCUCUGCCUCCGAGCGCCGAUCUCCGCUAAAGCCAGAGGAGCGCAGCGGGGAGCGGAGCUGCACCCGGGCUGCACGUGUGGGGCGCGGCGGCUCCGCGCUGCGCGGGUCCGGCGGAGCUUCGAGCCCGGGGGGGUCCGAGCCGGAGCUGCCAGCGGCGGCACAGCCGCAGAAAAGAAACAACUGUUCUGAAGUAUGGGAUGAGAGCAGCACCAGAACAUCCUUCCCUGAAAGUUGGAGGAAAAGUGCACUCAUCUGAGAACGAAUAAAAACAACCUGACAAAUGCCCAUUCCUACAUGUGCUCUGUGUAAUAAUGAGUUGAUCUCUCCAGCCCACCUGUGGAGCUAUUGCAGCUCCUGGUAUGCGGAGGAGUUGGGAGUGCACAGUCCCAAACCAGCCCUGUGCAGAGGCCUCUGCUUUAAGUUCUCCCUGGUGCUGCUCCCUGGGAGCCCGUUGCACCUUUGAGGCUGUGCGCCUACAGGCAUUGCUCACAGUGCCAGCUGCAUCUUCGUCAGCUUCCCAGAGAGCUGAGCAGGUGUGGCUGGUGGACCACUGCUGUGUUGGCAGCCCGGUUGGCAGCUGAGCAACGACCUGGGUUCACCCACCAUGCCACACGUGCUGCUUCCAUCCCACCAUGCACAGAUAGCAGCUUAUCUUGAGGAGUUUGGCCGUUACUAUUCCUUGACCAAACUCAUGUCCAUCUACCAAGCAACCAACAGGACUGCCUUCAACUGGACAGACAGCCGCAUUGUGGAGUGGGAGAAGUUUGCGGAGCUGGCUCGAUACGAGCCAGAAUCCCAGAAACCAACUGUGAAGGCUCUCCUGAUUGUGGCGUACUCAGUGAUUAUCAUCAUGUCUCUCUUUGGGAACGUGCUGGUGUGCCAUGUGGUGCUGAAGAACAAGAGGAUGCACUCGGCCACCAGCCUGUUCAUCGUCAACCUGGCUGUGUCUGACAUCAUGAUCACACUGCUCAACACGCCCUUCACUCUGGUUCGGUUUGUGAACAGCACCUGGAUCUUUGGGAAGGCGAUGUGCCAUGUCAGCCGCUUUGUGCAGUACUGCUCGCUGCACGUCUCCACGCUCACCCUGACAGCCAUUGCCCUGGACAGGCACCAGGUCAUUCUGAACCCACUCAAGCAAAGGAUGUCUCUGACAAAAGGAGCACUGAGCAUCGCUGUGAUCUGGCUGCUGGCUGCCUCCUUCUCCCUGCCCCAUGCCAUCUACCAGAAGCUCUUCCAGUACAACUACAGGGAAGCCACCGUGCGGAGUCUGUGCCUCCCGGAUUUCCCUGAGCCUGCAGAGCUGGUCUGGAAGUACCUGGACCUGUCCACCUUCCUGCUCCUCUACCUGCUGCCGCUGCUCGUCAUCACCGCCACCUACACGCGCCUGGCCAAAAAGCUGUGGCUGCGCAAUGCCAUCGGUGACGUCACCACGCAGCAGUACGUCGCCCACCACAGGAACAAGAAGAAGAGCAUCAAGAUGCUGGUGCUGGUUGUGGUGGUCUUCGCUGUCUGCUGGUUUCCCCUCAACUGCUACGUGGUGCUCAUCUCCAGCCUGGGCAUCAAAACCAACAACUCGCUCUAUUUUGCCCUGCACUGGUUUGCUAUGAGCAGCACCUGCUACAAUCCCUUCAUUUACUGCUGGCUGAAUGAGAGCUUCCGUGCGGAGCUCAGAGCCCUGCUGUGCAUGUGCCAGCACACAGCUCAGCCGUGCAGUGCUGCGCAGCCGCCCCUGGCCGCGUCCUGCCGUGAGGCCUGGGGGGAGCGAGCUGGGUGCACGAAGGGGCCCUCAUCAAACAGCGUUUGCUCCGCUGUGCUCAUCCCGACAGCCAACACUGACCUGUGAGCAAGGGUGGCAAUGGACGGAGUUUGGCACACGUCUGAAAGAAGGACCCUUGUAGCAGGUGAACCUCAUCCAUAGGGAUUCCCCCAGGUAAUUCAUACUAAAGCCUCCCAGCUGAGUGCAGGUGUAGCAGACAUGCUAACUCAGGGCUUGAAGAAGUGAUGCAGCACCUGAUGGGAAGGCAGGGCCAACUGGGGGAGCUCAAGUCAAACAGUGCCACUGAGUGGUGGAAGGGAUGGAUCCAGGAUCCACUCCUGCCCAGACCUCAUUUAAGGGCUGGCAGUGGAGGUGAGGGUAUCUCUCUGGAGAUCCCUGUGUACUUGAGGCCUUGUAAAGGUAAACAGCUUUUUUUCUGUAGAUUCUGCAUCCAGGGCUGCUGCACUUGGGCUUAUCCUAGCUUGCUGCAGCCAAAGUCUUUGCUACCCUGCUAAGAUUGCAUUAUAGCAUUACAGCAGGGUAAGGGGAAGUCAGCGGUGGGUGUCACACUGAGUCCUGCUGCUCCUCCUGUCCUGGUCCCAGCCCAGGCUGUGUGCUGGUGGAGCAGAGCACUGUAUUGGGGCUGUAGAGCUCCAUCUCUAUGUCAGACCUCAUGUCAUUUGGUUCACUGAGAAUUUAUUUUAAUUUCUGUUAAAUUAUGUUGCAAACAAACCUACAGGCACUGAAUUAAAGGCCACAAAAUAAUUCAUCAAGGCUGUAGCAUUCACCAACUGGAGAAUUAAAUAAUUCUAGAUAAUUACUAAUUGUUGUGGAAGAGAUUCAUUGAGGCAACUGAAUUGAAUCACAGUUAAAGGGGAGGCUUUCUACAGUUUUGAGAAGAAUAG